UCAUCAGCUGCAAUCUGUAGAGUCACAACUGUUGUUCUUGUGCAAUAGUAACGCCUUGUUAACGAGGCAACCGGUUAUUACAUAGUUAUAGUUCCGGGACAAGGGGUAAUGCGAGCUAAUGUCCAGCUGAGACUUUGUGAUUGCUAAAGCAGGUACGAUCUGUAACUACUACUGAUGAUGUUUUCCUCUGCAUUUUUUUCUCUUAAGUACGAGCAACAAGCACCAGAAUUGACAGAAAGUAUCGGCGGAUUAUUGCCUGUCCAACACGUCUCUACUCCUUCUAGCCAACUUAAAUUGCAGGGGGGGUGUUAAUAACCAGUCCCCAAUGGUUAAACUAUGGACGCACCGACGAGCAGCACGGACUCCUCUGGACACGACCCUGGCAAACCACUUGUUGUCAGUGGCGGUGUAACUUCUCUGCCCGCUACCCAGGGGAAAGUCGACACAUUGUCAGUGCAGACUUUGAAUGGGAGCCAAAGUAUGAAUUCUCACAAUUCAGGAAGCGCAGCCCCUUUACUGGGGACUGCAGGGACAAGUGGCCCAGGAAACAGCAGCACCAGUAGUACAUCUGUCAACAGCGGGCCAGUGCUGACAAAAGUGCUGCCUUCUUCCAAUAGCGUUAUUCAGACGUCUCCAUUGAACUCUCACACGCAAGCUGGAAGCCAGGCAGCAGGGGCCACUGUGACACUUGUUAGACCACCUAUGCACAUAGUAGCUCUCAAUGGCAACAACAAUGGCAGCCCUGUAGCUGUCACUUCAACAGGUAUCAGCAUAUCGGCUCCUCAAGUAAACAACAACCCGGAUCCCAGCUCUGUGACUGUCAGCACAGGCUCAAAUGUUGUCAAGCAGGAGCCCACCACAACAAUAAUACAGUCCCCACCUCAGCAGGCAGUCAGUCCCAGGACCCCAGUUUCUCUUUCUGCCAGUCCAGGUGGUGUUCGAACUCCGACUCCCCAGAUGUUAGCACCAAGACUACCCCAGCCUACUCCUGGACAGCCCAGUGUGCAUAACAUCCAACUCCCGCCAGGGAUGGUGCUUGUUCGCAGUGAGAGUGGACAGCUGCUGAUGAUUCCUCAGCAGGCUCUUGCCCAGAUGCAGGCCCAGGCUCAGGGAAGCUUGGCACCACGGGCAGCCACUCCAACAAACAUGCAAACUCCUGUACAGACCCCAGGAAAUGCUGUCAUCAGUCGACCAGUGACCCCCAGCACUGUCAUCAGACCGGGAGGCCCUGUGCCAACCACUCUUCCAAAAACCACCACACUUCAUAGACCCCCUAUUCUUCAGAGUGCAGUUGGCUCUGCAGUGCCUGGAAUGCCCCCCAGACCAAGUGGUCCCACAGUUACCUCACUAACAUACAGUAAAGAGACAAUGGAAAAUGUGAACAAAUGUAAGAACUUCCUGUCUACAUUAAUAAAAUUGGCAUCUACUGGGAAACAGUCAACUGAGACGGCAGCAUGUGUCAGAGAACUUGUAAAGGACCUACUGGAGGGCAGACUGGAAGCAGAGGAAUUCACCAGCAGACUAUACAAAGAGCUGAACUCGUCACCACAACCUUACCUAGUGCCUUUCCUGAAGAGGAGUCUCCCAGCUUUGAGACAGCUCACUCCAGACUCUGCAGCCUUCAUCCAGCAGGGCCAGCUCCCUCAGUCAAGUUCAGGUCCAGCCUCCACCAUUUCCACAGUGAUCCUCAGCAGCCCUGGGCCUCGGGUCACUACAUCCAUCACCAGACCCCUCCUCCAGCCAGGGGUCACCAAACCAGGACAGUCCCCCUCUCUGGUUCUCCAAACUCCCCAGCAGAGAGCCAUGGUGAGACCUCAGGUAACCUUGCCCACAGCCUCCAUGGUAACGCUCAGGAAUCAUGCUCCAAGUCGAAUAAUGCUGGGACAACAACAGAUCCAGCUUAAAGAGCUACAGCCAGCACUGACUCUGGCUCAAAGAAACAAGCUAAAAGAGGCGGGAGGCACAUUCAAAGAUGAUGAUGACAUCAAUGACGUGGCAUCUAUGGCUGGAGUAAACCUAACUGAAGAAAGCGCUAACAUCCUGGCGACUAAUUCUAGUCUGGUGGGGUCUGUGACACAUUCUUGUGAAGAUGAGGCAUUUCUCUCCUGUGCUUUACUACAGCGGAGGAUGUUGGAGAUUGGGAGGAGACAUGGGGUGACAGAUUUUGGUGGAGAUGUGGUGAAGUUGGUGUCUCAUGCCACUCAGCAACACCUCCAAAAUUUGUUGGAAAAGGUUACACAAGUAGCUCAGCAGAAAAACGUCAGCUUUAAGGACAAUGAUAACUGCGAGCAAAGCAAUGAUGUUCGUGCACAGCUCAAGUUUUUUGAGCAGCUGGACCAGUUAGAAAAGCAACGCAAGGAGGAACAGGAGAGAGAGAUACUCCUAAAGGCAGCUAAGUCUCGAGCUCGGCAAGAAGACCCAGAGCAACUACGACUGAAACAGAAAGCGAAAGAGAUGCAGCAGCAAGAGCUUGCACAGAUGAGGCAGAGAGAGGCCAACCUGACAGCUCUGGCAGCCAUCGGACCCAGGAAGAAGAGGAAGAUUGGGGACUUUUCUUCCUCCUCUUCUGCCUCUGAGGGCUCUGGAACAGCCUCGUCUAUGUCUGGAGGGGCUUCUGCAUCAGGCUCCAGACCCACGCGGCAGCGCAUCACACGCGUCAAUCUCAGGGACCUGCUCUUCUGUUUGGAGAAUGAGAGAUUUACCAGUCGCUCCCAUUUCCUCUACAAGGGCUUUCUCAAAUAGACUUAAUGUCAGACAGGACCCAGAGAGAGAGGGAAGUGAAGAGCACAAAGUGACUCUUAAAGUGACAAGGAGGAGAGUGCAGACCGUACUCAAUAAUUGGAGAUACCCCAUCUCCCUCCUCGCUCCGCAGACACUUCCCUUUAUUUUUAAUGAUUUGCAUCUUGUUUCCAAGUGCUAAAAUAGAUUCUAUGUUUUUACGAAAAUUUGUAUGAAUAAGUGACUUAUUGUAUAAUUAUGCACUGUAAUAACUACAGUUUAUUUUCUGAUCAUUUUUAUGCACAAGUUUAAGAAAAACAAGAUAUCUUUUAAUGAAAAAAUUAUGACAUUUUAAAUUCUGUUAACAUUUUAUUGUGAAUUAGACUGUGUAACCUACUGAGUUGCCUUCCUAACUAUGAAGAAGCCAUAUAGUCCCCCCUUAAGCAAUUAACCCUGCUGUAACUAAGAAACAGUAGCUUAUGCUUUGCUAUGUCAUCUCUGGUUACUUUACUUGAUUGUUUUAUUGUAUUUAUUUACUAAACAUGGGCUUAAAUUAAUGUUUAGUUAUUUAUUGACACGUAACAGUCACUGUUGGAUUUGGUAUUAGGCUCACUGAGAGAAAAACAAUCGAGACAUUACAAGUAUGGAAAGGCUUCAUUUGCAGCAUAAUUUUGAUUGAUCUAAUAAUUCUUACUUUCAUUUCAAAUUUAACAGUAAAACAUUAUUAAGAUGUUAUCCUGUGUUUGUAUAACAAAGUCAUUUUUAAAUGUUCCUAUACUCAUGGCUACUUAAGAAUAUCUUGACAAAAUACUUUGAUACUCUUGAAGUUUUCAGCUCAGUGUUGCUCUAAUACACUGCCCAUUGUUGCCCUGAUGAUUUUCUAAUCAUUUGCAUCUUUUGUAUUGUGUUGUGGGUUUUCAGAUGUUAUAGCAUAAAAUAUGUCUUUACUUUUUCUUUGCAGCAGUUAAUUGUGUUUGUAAGAAACUGUAGUUUGACACAAUUUGUUGCUGAAAUAUUUCUUUUACCCUUUAUUAUUUAUCACUUCUCUAAAAUCUAACUAAAACUAUUCUAUUUUUCUAGCUUGCCACCCUUGCAUAUUUUUACUUUUGAAAUAAUUUGUACAUCCAGUUACUCUUACUUGCUUAUAUUCUGGUGUGCUACUGAACUUUUUAGGUUUUGACUCGAGUUUCUUGUACAUUUGUAAAUGUUACCUAAAGUUUUACACAAAUUUGUAUAGUAUUGAGAAUUUAACCCACAGGGAAAAAUCAUAGCAUUUUCUCAUUAUUAUAACAUUGAAUAAAUACAGAUUUUUUUUACAAUAAUUACUACAGACAUUUAAUUCAA